AUGAAUUACUCAGAUUAUGAUUCUGAUGGCUAUUCUUCAAAUGAAGAUCAAGACUAUGUCCCAUCUGGUAAGGUUACUUCCACAAGCAGAUAGAAAUGCAAUGCUAGUUGAGCAGAUAUUUUAUUAACGUUACACACAUAUGUUUUUAUUUUUGUCAUUUUAGCAGACGCUCUUAUCCAGAGCGAUUUACAGUUAGUGAGUGCAUACAUUUUUCAUACUGGCACCCCGUGGGAAACGAACCCACAACCUUGGCGUUGCACGCGCCAUGCUCUACUAACUGAGCUACACGGGGCCCAGAGAAUAAUAACCUUAUACAGUAGCUAUGCAAUAUUUCCACUGUAGGUGUCAUAUUCUUCAUGUAUGUUGCUUGAUGAUAACUAGCUACUGUAUUUGUCAUUCAAUUCAAGUCUUACCAUGAUUGUUGUGUGGUUGACAGAUGACAACCUCAGUGAAGAUGACAUGAAUGAAUGUGUGAAAGAGGAUGGUCUGGAAGGGGUUGACCAUAGUAGCCAACAGUCAGAUAAUGUCACCAAGAAGAAAAAGAAGAAAGGCCAAGACAUUGGCAUGAGGUGAGUGAUUCAACACUUUUGUGUUUGGCUCAGUUUUUAGACCAAUGUUGUGCAUUGAUUGCUUUGUUUUGCUCUGUUUUUAUUGUAAUUUCCAUGUUAGUCUGCUGGAAUCGGUUGAUUACCAUCUUUUUACAUUAUUUUCCUACCACUCUCUGUCGAUCCUCAUAGGAAAAGAAAGAAAGGAGGACUGAAGUUAGAGGAGACAGAGCAGGAUGGCAGUGUGGAGGACCAGAAGGUAGAGCAGGAGGAGGAGGAGGAGGGGGAGGUGGGAGAGUUUUCUGCUCCCAGGCCCAAGAAGGAGGUGGAUGAAGAGAAAAAGAAGAAGAAAGCAGAUGAUUUGUGGGCCAGUUUUCUGAGUGAUGUUGGUCCCAAAUCCAAGCCAUCUAUUCCAUCAGCACAGUCUACUACUAAACAACAGGUAUUGUACCAAAUCUACAGACAUCUGGCCCAUAGAGACACACCAGGCAUAUGAUAGUUGGAACCUGGGUUCCUGUUACAGCUUGCUGGUUGUGUACGUUUUUUGCAUUGGAGUCAAGUUUGUAGUCUUUGGAACACUACUCUAACACCUGUUUUGUUUUACUGUCUCCACCAGGCUCCACCCACAGACAGUCCGAAGAAGGCCCCAUCAGAACCUCAUCAUCUAGUACCUAAACCUAAAGAGCCCACUAAAGUCACCAUCACUAAGGUGUUUGACUUUGCUGGGGAAGAGGUCCGGUAAGUUUAGACCACUGGUGCACUGUGCACAUACCGGUAGCAUUACAUUCUUUGACCACCAGAUGGCAGUGCAACCUUACAUUUGAGCCCUUCACAUAAUGAUCCUGAGAAAGUGUCUGCAUUCCACAGCAUACUGGAGCAACUACAUUUCUGCGUUACAACACCACACGUCAGUUUACAGGCCAAAUAAUUGGCCUGGGAAAGUGGUUUUAGAUUAGUCAGGGUCUCACCAGUAGUAUUAUCUAUGUAAUAUGAAGCACAUUAAAGGACAGCUUAUUUUCUAUGAAAGCCUUAAUCAUUGCAACAGAUGAUUAUCAUUAUCACCCUAAUGGAUGCAAUCUCCUUAAAUAAUGUAUUCCCAGAGGAUGUACUGGUUGACCUUAAUGUUGGACUGGUCUCUUCCUAUCCCUGUCAUUAUGUCCUAUUUGAGAAGAAAGGACUAUCUAUUAUAUCUGAUGGGGUGUGGUGUUUCUUUUGAGGAAUUUAGAAGACUAUCAUCCAGUAGAGCCUGGUUGUGUAGAGGGAGAGCUAUAAACGAGUGCAGGGUUUAAGGAGGAAAGGGAGAAGAAACAGAAGAGCGAGAGGCAUAGCCUAGCAUAAAAAAUGUCCACUUGGCAGGAGAUGGAGGGAAAGGAUUGUCCUCUCAUUAUUACAAAGUGUUGAUUCGUGUGUGUGGACGUGUAAGUGCACGUGUGUGGGAGGGGAUUCUUGUACUACCAGGGAGGGACUCAACCAAAAGCAGAAAACAUAUAUUUGUAGGUUUUAUUGGCUUGUAAACAGUGACCAACCUAAGGGGUUUAUGAAACAUCAGCCAUGUCGGUUUUUGGGUAAAAAAAGUAUCUCUUUUUUUACUGGGGUUAUGUUUUUAUGUGUAUGUGUGUGAGAGAGAGAAUUAGAGAGAGGUUGGCAAUUUGUUUAAAUGCCAAAGCAACCCAAGGCUUCUUGUGUGUUUGUGUGUCCUUUUCUUGAAAAAUUAACAGUGUUACGUAACUUGAUAUCUACUUAUGCCCAUUAGACUGAGGCAACUAAUACAGUCCUGGUUUUAAGUGUCUGUCUGUUACUGUCUUCAGAGUAACCAAAGAGGUAGAUGCUGACUCCAAGGAGGCCAAGUGCUUUCUGAAGUCCAAGGAGGAGACACCAGAUGUGCAGACUAUACCCAGCAGACCAGAGCCCUCCUCCCUCGCCCCUGGACCC